ACGAGGAUAGUUUCGUGGAGAUCUGGCGCAUGAGGAGCAGUGGAAUGCGCUGGCAGGGACAUGAAAUCAUGUUGGAGAUGCAGAAUUGAGCGAUGGGAGGAGUUGGUAGUGGGAAGAGGAGGGCCUUGAACGCAAUGGUGGUGGACGCAACUUGAACUUGCUGGAUUCAGAGAAUGUGUCUUACAUCGAGCGAGUACGAUGAGGUCCGAGGACAGUGACUUAGCGCGAGGUAGGAGGUCACCCGACAGCAAGCAAAUCAGACAAGGAGCUGUAGGAUGCUUGACUCGCGACUGAUGAAGGUUUUGACAGGAGCUUUCUGAAUCAGAUUGUUCAUUUGCGUUGAGAAUGGAUUUCGAGGGUGAAGGCGAUAGAACAUUCAACCAGGAUGAGGUUUAUCAAGUUGUCAAGGAGUCUGUUGAUGCUGUCUUGACCAACGCCUCCUACCUGCAUGCUAAAGUCCCACAGUGGCAAUCGAUGAUAGUAGAAAGCAUCCUCAAGCGUCUAGCCACUCUCAACAAACCUUUCAAGUUUGUCGUCACCUCGAUGAUCUCUCAGAACACCGGAGGAGCUACGCAUACCGCACACACUUGCUUCUGGGAUGCAGAGACUGAUGGAUUCGCUAAGUAUCGCUUCGACAACCCGACGCUCGUGUGCCUGACGACAGUCUACGGCAUGGGAAUCUGAUCACAGGAGGCCUCUGCCGUUUCUUGCUCUCUCUCUCGCUCGAUCCCAUGGAAUGUAAAUGUACUUGUCGUGAUAUACAUGGUUUGCGCAAACA